UUUUUCGAUCCGAGUUUCAGAAAUCAAUUUAGAAUCAGACUAAUUUAUUUUCAUUUAUUUCAACAGGUUUAUAAAACCAACUGCCUAAUUUUGUUCGUAUUAGUUUAUAGUAUCCGUUUGUAUUCGCCUAACAUAAACAAUUGACAAGUUUCUGUAAUUAUGUCGGAAUUUUAUGAUCAUUACCAAAAUUAUUACCAUCGUUGGGAGCCGCUCGCGGAAUUUAAUUUUAAUCUUCUUGAGAAUGUAACAUUUGAAAAUAGGAAAUAUAUUUACUGUCUUUGCAGCAGAGUUCACCUACGAGAUGAGGUAUAUUGUGUUGAUAAACAAAGGCUCACUGUAAGCGAUGCUGAAGUUAUGCGCAAUUCUUACGUUCAGGACACGGAAGACCAAUCCCAUGUCCAUUUUUCUCUGGACACAACUUGUAAGGUUAAAUGUGAGAAUGAAACUGCAAGUUGUUACUGCAGUGCAUCCCAUACUGAAAAUUAUUGUUCCACCGACGAACAUGAUCAAGUCCAUUAUACAUCCAAUACAAUCCAACCAAGUGAUAGUGGAGCCGAUCUCACAUACCAGGACUAUCACUCUGAUAUUACUAACCAUGAUAAAAUAGAUGUAUCGGACACUAUGGAUCAAGAUCUAGAUAUGCAAGAUGAGACUAACGAGAACUACUUCUCUGAAGACACAUGGGAUAAAUUCUGGGCUAUCAAUAGAGAAAGAAUUAUAUGGGCUUCAUGGAUAAAAAAGUACAGUGACUAUAUCAACCCAUCAUACUUGGAUGAAAAUAAUGAUCUGGUAUUAGAUGACAAUAAUAUACCAAAACCGCAAUCAGCUGACCCAGUUAAUAUGGAACAAGCUGAAAGUCCGAUAGACAAAGAUGAAUGCGUGAGAGAAAGGAAAUUCUCUUACGAUUCAAAAGUUAAUCCUUAUAAAAAAAUCAAAACAGAAGAUGAAUUGGAUAAAGUUGAUAAAUCAAGUGAAUCAUUCAGCAAAGAAGAAGCUUGGUUACCCUUAACUCGGAGAAGGUCUUGUUCGGAACACGAAAGGAUCGUCAGUCCUAGAACAUUUGUUGGCACAGAUUCAAUGACGAAUGUUACAAAGAUGACACUGUCAAGUCAUGAUGUCACUUCAAGCCAUAUGACAUCAGAAUCAACAUCAACUGAUGAAUAUAGUGUCUCAUCAUCCCCAUCUGAUGACCAAUCUAACGAUCAAACGAGAAUCGCUAAUCUAAAUAUUGAUGAUAAUCAAGAUCAAUCAGAAGAAAUGGAUACUGAACAGUAUUGGGAAUUUUUAUGGAAGAAACAUUUUGGUGAACAAUAUGCAUUGCAUUAUGCUAAUUAUAUUGCAUGUCAUGAAGGAAAUGUAGAUAUGGCAAUCAAUAAUGAGAUUGAACCAGAGAAGAAUGUGGUUGAUAUUGAAAUGGAAAAAAGUGAGGGUAAUUCACAAGAGAUGGCUUCAGUCAUUGAAGUGCAACAGAAGGUGGAUAAAAUCAAACUAGAAGAUAAAGUACCGUCAAAGAAGAAUAAGAAACAGAAUCGUAAAUAUGUUGGGUCUAUUGGUAUUUUGUUACAAAAUUUACUGAAGGUGGAAAAGGAUUCAGAUUUGGAUGAAGUUUUUGAAGCGAAUGAAGGAUAUGGUAAUACUAAUUCACAGGUUGUUGAAAAAACAACAACAAACACUAAUACAGCUAUUGAGUUACAUUUACGACCAACUAAAAAUACACAAAAAGGCACAACUGACGAUGGAGAUAAUGAUCCACCAGAGGAAAAACCAGUAAUAUUAAAAUCUAGUCAUGAGAUAGAAGAAGAAGAAAAGGCAGUGGCUGAAAAGAUAAAAUCUACAUUUGAUAUAAUGGGUUUCGCGAUCGACGCAGGAAGCAUACCUAAAGGAAAGUUAGUCUACAAGAAACGUUUGGGAAAACUUCGACCUCCGCGAUACAAAAAAUUUGUAACACCAAAGAAAACUUACUUUGAUGAUGAUGGGAAUCCUUACACGGAACAGGAAUCACAAGAAGACAAAGAAACGGUGACCGAUGAGGAUUUAGACAUACAAUCGGAUAAUGAUAAAUUAUCUGCAAAUAUGGUGAUGGAACUCAGUGAUAACAAUGAUGAUGAGAAAGGUGAUGGUGAAGAGACGCAGGUGAAGUUGGAUGCAGAAGUACCAAUACCUGCGAAGGUAGAUAACUCCAGUGAUGUACAGGAUGAUGAGAGUAAAUAUCCCAAUGAUGUGGCUUCAUGUUCAGAUCAAACUAAACGUAGAAAGAGACAGAAACGUCACACUAAAUCUGACACAAGGGAAAAAGAAGGGGACAUUCCGCCAGAACUACAAGGUGAUAGCAAAAUGGUCAAAUACUGGAAGAAACGACAUUCCUUGUUCCACAGGUUCGACGAAGGUAUAGUGUUGGACCGCGAGAGCUGGUUCAGCGUGACGCCGGAGAGCGUGGCGGCGCACAUCGCCGACAAGUUCGCCUUCGACACCGUCGUCGACGCCUUCUGCGGCGCCGGCGGCAACACCAUACAGUUCGCCAAGACCUGCAAGAAAGUGAUAGCGAUAGACAUCGACCCCGGUAAGAUCUCGCUGGCUCGGCACAACGCGCUGGUGUAUGGCGUGCAGGAGAACGUGGAAUUCUUGGUGGGGGACUUCUUCCAGCUGGCGGACACCCUGCACGCAGACAUGGUGUUCCUCAGCCCGCCCUGGGGGGGACCUAAUUACUCACAGAAUCAAAAAUAUGAUAUAGAAAAAAUGUUGGAGCCUAAGCCGGCGUCAGAGCUAUUGAAAGUCGCUAGGAAAAUAACAUCCAACAUCGCUUUGUAUCUACCGAGGAAUACCAAAUCUGAUCAGAUAUUAGAGUUGGCGCGGUCGAUUGGCGCGUCAGUCGAGAUAGAACAGAGUUAUCUUGAUAGAAGAUAUGUAGCUAUUACAGCGUAUUUUUAUUAAUAACUAUCUAUUACUAAUACUUAGUAAUUGGGAAUUAAUGCAAUCUAAAUUAUUAUAAUACUAAAUAUGUGUUUUUCAAGGAUUUUUUUCUUUGAAAUGUGAUGAAUGUUUUACUAAUGUUCAUGCGUUACUUUUACUAAAGGUUUUGUCAAAAUCAAUUCAUAAUUAUUUUAUGAUUAUCUGUACUAGUUGCGUUUUUUUUUAAAUUUAUUUAAUUGAUAAAGAAGAGUCAUAGAUAUACCUAAGAAAGCGGGUUUUAUAAUUAAUUCUACUAAUUCACUUAGUAAAUUCUAUUUUAGUGUAAGGUAAACAUUAGUUCUUUUGUUAUUUGCUACUGGCAACUUGCCACACCUUAUUUUAGGCAAAUAGACAUAAUAUAGCCCAGAUUAUCUUAGUUUUCAAGUUAUUCAGAACAAAGUAAUAAUAAAAUAUUUUCUCUAAAAAAUACGUACUUAUCAAUUAAUGUUUAAAAUUAAUAAACGAUUGCAUAAAUCUUUCAGGGAACUGCCAUUUUUAUACCUGGCAACACUGAAAGGUUAAUAAUUUUUUGUUCUAGCUCAUAUUGACAAAAUGCAAUUUUUGUCACCAUAGAUUUUCUUUGAUGAAUCUUAAGUAAUAUUAGGAUAUUUUUGUCUGCUUUUUAUGGGUAGUGUAGUAAGUAUGUCUUUAUCAAGUGAAAAAAAGCCCCAAUUUCUUCAUAAAAUUCUAAAUAUUCCUGCAAAAAUAUAUCACGUCUACAUGGUAGAUUUUUGUUCCUAAAACAAUUUUAGAUUUAUAUUUAUUUAAGAGUGAUAAAGGUAACAGCACACAGAACAAUUAUAAAGUUUGAUAUUAACUAAAACCAUAUUAUUUUGGGACCAGAAAAUAUAAAAUAUGAAACUUUUAUUAAUAAUUGCAGGAAUUGGGGCUUAUAUAUCCAUUAUUUAAAGGACAAAGAACUUUCAACGCUCAAAUAGUUUAAUAGGAGCGUUCUGGUCCUUCGAGUCGGAUACUUUCACAUCUUAAUAUCAAAUAAUAUAAGGUUUCCCGUAGUAAUUAUAACAAUAUCCGCCUUUAUUCUGAUCUUUACUGUCUACAAUAUAUUAAUGCAAUAAAACGCGCAAUUUUAGUCUCAAACUAUUUUGUAGUGACUUCUUGUUCAAUAAUUGUAAGUUAAGAUUAUGUUUUAUUUUUAUUAAUGUGACUUUUGUAGAAUAUGUAGUAUCUAAGUGCACAAUAUUGGUAUUAUUAUAGAAACAAUAGUUUUGAAUUUCAUUGCAUGAUACAAAAAAAAUGUUCACUGUAAUGUUACAGAUUUUGUCAAUUUUCAUUGUAUUUCUAAAUGUGAAUGUUGUUAAAUUUAAAUUAAGAUGUCUAUGGCUUGGAACUUAAUAAAAAAGUUAUAUGAAACAUGACAUAACUAUUUCAAUCAAAAGCUGUAAUUAAAAGUUAAUUUCGAUUGAUUCAAAAGGACAUAAUACAUUUUUGUAUGUUCUGAAACUAAGUCGGCAAAAAAGCUAGAACACAUCUUAAUACUAAAUAAGUGAUGUAACACUCCACAUAAACAUCCACAAUUGCAGAUUGACUUUAAUCAAAGAUAUUUAAGAAAUAUAUAGACUAGACAUUGUAAACAUUUUUUCUGGUAACUUAUUUGAAAGGUACUAUGUUAGUUGUCAAAGUACUCCACUUCAUGUCCUGGUAUUGACAUGUUAUCAAACAUUUUACAAAAUCAUAAUAAGCUCCAUCUUUUGUCACAAAAUAAACAUUAAAAUAUGAUUUAAUUAUUCCUGGCAAUCCAUUUUAAUACAUUUUAGUUAAAUUGACAAGUGGUUUUGAGAAUUAUUAAUAGGUAUAAUGUGGUAAAAUGUCUCAAGUGAAGUGUUAUCUAUGCUUCCUCUAUAUAUUUUGAAAUAUCUUUGACUUUAAUCAACAGUGGAAAUGCAGAUAUAUCCUC